AUGGCUGCGCGUUUUCUCUAUCGUUAUAUUUUCAAGCGGACGUCCACCUUUAUCUUGGGCAUUGUCGUUGCCUCGAUGUGUUUCGAGAGAGCUUACGAUCAUGGUUGCGAAAGCAUCUUUGAAUGGAUAAACGAAGGCAGACUUUGGAUGCAUAUAAAAGAUCAGUACGAGGAUCAAUCGCAGCAAUUGAAUUACAAGCAUAAUUUAAUCAAAAAAGAGAUAUCUAAUUUACAUAGAGAAUCGAACAAGCGAACGAAAGAAGAUUAA